AUGGAGAUUUUUCAAAGCAUUGAGAAAAUAUUUGACCGCAUAGACCAAACAUUGGGAAAUAUAAUACAAAGAAUAAUGGACAAGGAUCAGGACAAGGAAGAAAGAAUGGAGCCACCAGAAGAAACAUGGAUACAAACUCUCGAGAGUGGGCAGCAUACAAAUCCUAAUAAAUGUAAACGUAAACGAAAAGACAAAAUAUUAAAACUGAAAAAUGGAUUGACAACUCAGCAAAAUGCUUUUGUGAAGCAGAAGCAGGUAAAUAUUUCAUCACUGCGAGCAAGUUUUCAAGUUGCCAAGCUAAUAUCACGUACUGGCAGACCAUUUGUAGAGGAAGAAUUUGUUAAAGAAUGCCUUCUUUCUGUUGCCAAAGAGAUGUGUCCAGAGAAGACUGAUUUAUUUAGUACAGUGAGUCUUUCAGGACCUACAAUUACACGAAGGAUUGAAGAAAUGGGGGACAAUUUGCACCAGCAUUUGCAAAACUCCUCAAAAAAUCUUUGCUAUUUUUCAUUGGCACUUGACACAAGCAAUGACGUUCGUGAUUCUGCACAACUUCUAAUUUUCAUUCGUGGGACAAAUGAUUAUUUUGAAGUCACAGAGGAGCUUGCUGCAUUGAAAAGCAUCAAAGGAAGAACAACAGGAGAGGAUAUCUUUAAAAAGGUUCACAAACUCUGGAUGAUUUGGAGCUGGACUGGUCUAAACUAGACAGUGUGACAACUGAUGCUGCUCCUAGCAUGGUGGGAUGUAUGAAAGAAGUGGU